GCCUUGGGUGCUUCUUCGAGUCGGUACUGACCAAGGACGGCAAGCCGCAGGCGAGGAACGUCAAGGUGCUUGGUGGUGACGGAGCCAACAUGCUGGGUUCUGUCAAGAAUUAUAACCCCAUGAAGGGGUACGGUUUCAUCUCCUCCUCUAUGUGGGAGGGAGACUGCUACUUCAAGGGCAAGGACCUCCCUCCACAGCUGGCAGCAUCGGAUGUGAGAGGGAUGAAGGUGCGCUUUACGGCGGUAGCCAUGCAGGAUGGCAAAAUGCAGGCACGCGAUGUGAUCGUGCUGCAGAGCGCUGCGCCUGCAGGUCCGCCUCCAAUGCAAAUGAGUAUGCCACCAAUGCCUACGCAGCGCAUGGCGCAGCCGCAGGUCGUCGCGCCAGCUCCACAGGCCCAGGUGCCACGAGCGCCGCCGGCGCCGACAAUGGCGGCUCCUCCCGCAGCCAUGGGCCAUACUAUCCCUGAGGGGACUUCCAUGGUUGGCUCGGUGAAGACAUUUGACCCGGCGAAGGGGUACGGAUUCAUCUCCGCGCCCAACUUUCCAGUGGAUAUUUAUUUCAAGCCUGAGUUGGAGCCCGUGGCGGUGGGCCAGCAGGUGACCUUCACCAUCCACUGGACGCCGCAGGGCAAGCCUCAAGCGCGGGAGGUGACGAGCCCGAUGCAGGCUGGCGAGUUUUUGUCUGGCACCGUGCGACGAUACAAUCCGAACAAAGGCUUCGGUUUCCUGGCGGUCGAAGGCCGAUCGCAGGACGCAGUGGAAUUUGCAUGUCUUGGGUCUACGCGGGCGACAGGUCAGCAGGUCCCAGAUGCUGAGUAUGCUGACAGUGCUUCUGGUAUGUUGGUCACAUGUCUGUCAGGAGCCCAUAUUGCGUUGGCAAUCUCUGAAGCAGGAAAGCGAGGUGAUUGGCAUCAAGCUCGGCGUCUGUAUUCGGCUUACACUGGUGCUGAGAUCCAAGUUUUCAGUGCUGCUAUGCAGGCGGCUAUACGGUGUGACCAGUACAAGCAAGGCGCGCUCAUCUACCGGAAACUUCGCGGUCUGAACAUUAAGAUUGACUCUCUUGCUUUCGCAAGUGCUCUCAAGAUUCACUCAAUGUUGGGCCAGAGGGACGCCGUUCGUGAGAUUUGGACAGAGGCUAUGCGAGAGUGUGAACUCGAUGCUCUACUUGCUGCAGCUCGCAUUUCCGCCGCUGCUGCAGAGGGAGAUGUUCAAACAGCAGCAACGGUUUUGGAUCAGAUGAACAACAGUUGUGUCUCAAUAAAUGUUGGCCAUUUAUCCGCGGCUAUUCGAGCUUGCUGGCAGGCAGAAGGAAGCCACCAUAAUGCGGCUAAAUAUCUGUUCAGCUUGCACAAGGAACUUGACCUUCAGCCUAAUGUAAUUACAUUCGCAUGUCUGGUCGGAGCUUAUAUGUCUGCUCCGCUGGAAGACAUACUGGUCGCCUACGCUGACAUGAAGGAAUUAGGAAUUUUGCCAGACACUGUUUUUGCUGAAAUAUUUCUGGUGACAGUUCUUCGCAAGCCCAAAGAGGAUGCCUGGAAGGCGGAGGAGUUGCGUAUUCAGCUACAAAACUGCUCGCCGGAACGUAUCGCCGCUGCGAGACAAGCCAUUGCGGACUUCAAGGACGUCUAUUUCCAGAAGCAAAAUCUGCCGAUGGAGUAUCAGGAGUCGACAGCCAUGGAUGGUGCGCAGUUCCAAUUUAGCGUCGUCAUGUCCCCUGCGCAGAAGCCCCAGGCUCAGGACAUGGAACUCAUAGCAAUGCCUGGCCCCAACGGGGCCAUGCCUGGCAAGGGUGGCUUCGCUGGCGUCAAGAGGCCAGCGCCUACACAGGUGCCAGCGAGACCUUCAGGCCUUUCAGUACCGUCGGCAAUGCCUGUGAUGGCGAAUCCGAUGGUGAAGAGGCCAAGACCCAUGCCGACCACCGCCGCUCCGGAGCCAAGUUUUGGGGCUUAUGGCUUCCAGAACUCGGUGCAGCAGCUCAUGGCGGCAGCCGGUCUGCAGCCGACAUUAGGUGUUGCGGCCCCCAGUUAUGCCGACGGCAAGACCCGAGGGACCGUGAAGUCCUUCAACCCGAUGAAGGGAUUUGGCUUCAUUGCUGCUCCGUCGCUUCCGACGGAUGUCUACUUCAACGCCAAGUCCCUGGACGAUGCAUACCGCUCUUUGCAGCUUGAUGGACAGCAGGUGGCCUUCAAUGUGCGCUACACGCAGGACGGCAAAAUCCAGGCUACUGACGUCCAG